AUGUCUGCUCCUCCUCUUGAAGGCAUUCGAGUAGUCGAACUGGCCGGUCUGGCCCCAGGCCCUUUUGCCGGACUUCUUUUGGCCGACUAUGGCGCAUCAGUUCUACGCGUCGACCGCCCUUCCGCUGUCAGCGGCGAUCAAUUAACUCGUCGCAAGACCUCUAUCACCUUAGACCUGCGUGAGGAAAAGUCGCGUGAUGUUCUUCUUCGUCUUCUUGGAGGAGCCGAUGUCCUGAUCGACCCUUUUCGUCCGGGGGUCCUUGAACGACUCGGACUUUCGCCCACCGAUGUCCUUCUCAAGCACAACCCGCGACUUGUCGUGGCACGUAUGACUGGGUUUCGCCGCGAUGGCAAAUACAAAGACAUGGCCGGUCACGACAUCAACUACAUCGCCGUAUCGGGCGUUUUGUCAAUGCUUGGGCGCAAGGGCGAGAAACCUUUAGCUCCGGGUAAUAUUCUCGGUGAUUUUGCUGGUGGCGGUGCGAUGUGCUUUAUGGGAAUUCUUCUCGCCUUGAUGUCGCGCUCACAUACCGGUCGUGGACAAGUUGUCGAAGCCAACAUGGUCGAUGGGUCGGCAUAUCUCGCCACGUUCCCGCGUCUAGCUCGUCAAACGCCUGCAUGGGGCGAAGCGCGGGGGGAGAAUCUGCUUGACAGUGGAUGUCCCUACUAUGACACAUAUGAGACCAAGGAUGAGGGGAAAUACUUCGCUGUUGGUGCCCUGGAACCUCAAUUCUACGCGGCACUUCUUCGCGGAUUGGAAUUUGACCCGAAGGCCAUUCCCGACCGCACAGAUCGUGAUAACUGGGCAGCGCUUCGGGAAUUGUUCACACGUCGGUUCAAGGAGAAGACUCGGGCCGAAUGGGAAGCUGUCUUUGACGGUACUGAUGCCUGCGCCACUCCCGUUUUCGAACAAGACGAGUUAGAGAACGCGGGAUACGAUCAAAGACCCGCUGUAACACUUCGGCAAACACCCGCUCACCCUAUCAAGUCAGAUGAGGGCGGGUGGACUGGAGGGGGUCUCAUGCCUGGAGACGGGGGUGUGGAGACGCUGCGAGGGUGGAUGGGAUGGGAGCCCAACAAAGACUACCUCGUUCGGAAGGAUGGCGCGCUUCUAUCAGUGGAUGGCCGGGCGAAGCUGUGA